AUGGGUCCAUGCAAGAGUGCUGAGUUCGAAUCCUGCCAUGCCACCGAUCUUGUGUCCUUGGGAAAGAAAUUUGAAGCCAGCUUCGACUUGACUUUGGAGUGGCGCGAUCCCCGCCUAGCGGGAAUGGUGCAAAGUACAACCCCGAUCCCCAGCACCAUGUUGUGGACCCCGGCCCUCAGCUUCGGUAAGAAAGUCCAGGUUCUAACGGACGGAGGGGCGAGUAGCGAGGAGGAAGGAGUCAUCACUGCAUGGGUGAUGCCUGACGGUACCAUCGCGAACAAGAAAAGGUACGACGUGAAGAUUAAAUGUGCCAUGGACCUGAAGGCCUAUCCUGUGGACAACCAGCAGUGUAGUUUCCAGUUUCAUGGACUUAACGGCGCCCUGUUACGUCUGAAGCCGACGUUUGAGUGGCGGAGUGACGUGUCUCUCACCACCGACAUCACGUCUGUCCACUCAGCCUUCAGCGUCAUCAACGUACAGAUCUCAGCCUUCGCUAACUCCUUCCUGGAUGAGGCUGGAGCGAGUCCCAACACCUACACCACCAUUGAGAUGACUCUGCAGAUGUCCCGUCUGCGGAACUACCACCUGAUGGAGAUCUACAUCCCCAGCAUCACCAUCGUCUGUCUGUCCUGGGUCGCCUUCUGGAUCAACCGCGCUGCAGUACCGGCUCGCGUCGCUCUUGGCAUCACUACCGUACUCACCAUGGUCACACAGAGCACACGGGUCGUCGGUAUGCCACAGGUGUCGUACGUUCGCGCCAUUGACGUGUGGGCCCUGUCCUGCCAGACGUUCGUGUUCCUGGCCCUGGUGGAGUACGCUCUCGUCAACUACCUGGGAGGCAACCAGAAACCAAAGCUGAACACUAGCCAACCAUAUACGGUUGAACCUCCCGACCAGCCCUCAAAUGUUUUCAACAAUUUGAAACAUUCAUUCCGCUGGCGCAACAGAACAGUAGCCAACCCAACAGACUUUGCGCCGAUCUACUCCUAA